AUGAAAGCCGCGCGGUGGAUGGGCACCCGCGAUGUCGAAGUCGGACUCGUCCCCAAGCCCAUGAUCACAGACCCCAAUGAUGCCAUUGUCCAAAUCACACAUUGCACCAUAUGUGGCUCGGACAUCCACCUCUACGAAGGCGAACUAAACGACCAAAUGGAAAAGGGAGACAUUCUAGGCCAAGAAGCUAUUGGGGUUGUGGAAGAAGUUGGACCAGGGGUCAAAUCGCUCAAAAACGGCGACCGAAAGAUAGAUCCCUCGUGGAUGUUCAUCUAUGAGGACGAGUUCGAGAAUAUUGCAGAUCAUUAUCAGAAGUUUUCACAACAUAAAGUGCCCGGCGGACUCUGGUAA